CGGGCUUCUCUCACCCUCCGCCCGAGUGUGACGAGCCGGAGCCGGGAGGGGUCUAUUGCGCAAGCCCAGGGCGCCGGGUUGGGGUUUGAGGAGAGGCCUUGGCUGCGCGCCGGAGACCAUGAGGCGCGACGUUCGGCGGGCUCCUUCCCGGAAGCGGAAGCUCGGGGGGCGGGCCAAGGGCGGCCGGGAGUCCGCGGCGGUUAAUUCCUUUUACCGUGCGGCUUUGCUUCACUCCGUCUGGACUUUCCUGAAGCUGCGGGAGAUGGUUAGGUCCGGAUCUCGACCGGGCCAGGUAUUAUCGUCAGGAAAGCACCCUGGACCUGCUAAGUUAACAAGUGGGAAGAAAGGGACCCAUGUAAGAAAGAUAUCCCGUUUUAAUGCAGAUUCUGGCUGUCCCACUCAUUCCGAGUCAGAAAGUCAGAAUGAAACUGUACAGGGGCUUGACGGUUGUGCCUCUCUUCUGCGGGACAUUUUAAGAAAUGAAGAUUCAGGUUCAGAAAUAGCAUAUUUAGAAAAUAGAUAUAACCCCAAACCUUUGGAAAGCAAAAGAUACGGAUCUAAGAAGAAAGGACAUGAAAAGCAUGCUUUUCCUUCAGUAAUCCGCAAAGAAAUUUUAUCUUCAGAUAGUAAGAAACCUACACCUAAUGAAGCUUCUGCUGGAAGUGAAAGAGACUCAUCAGAUAUACCACAAAAUUGGUCACUACAAGAUUAUAGAAUGUAUUCACCCGUAAUAUACCAAGCCCUCUGUGAGCAUGUGCAGACUCAAAUGUCACUGAUGAAUGACUUGGCUUCAAAGAGCAACCCUAAUGGAAUUCCUACUGUACCUUGCCACACUGUGUCUGAUUCUGAAUCUCAGGCAACUCCACAUUCUAGUUAUGGCUUAUCCCACUCCACCCCAGUCCUAUUAUCUCAGCACCCACCCUGCCCUCCAAUGGUUCAUUGUGAAGUUCAGACUGACGGUGACAACGAGUUUGCAUCACAGGGUAAAACAACUUCUGUGAACUGUACUGAUGAUGUUCUAAGGAAUUCCUUCAGUGCUAGUCUUGGAGUUCCAUGUGGCCUGCCCCUAACUGACAAACCAGCUAUUCCAAAAUUUCAGCAGCUGGAUCUUGCUAAUGGGAUUCAGCCACAACAAAGAGUUCCUAAUGAGUCAGACCUACUAAAGUGUUUCCAAACAUAUAUGAAUCUGUUGCAUUCUCAUCCGGACAGUCAGAGACACCGAAGUCCCACUCUAUUACAGCCAGCUUUCUUGGCUACCAAUGAAGAAAAAUGUGCCAAAGAACAAAUUGGAGAGGUUAGAGGUGAAGGAAAGGAUUUAAACAUACAUGUGCGAGAUUCAAGAAAAAAGGAUAUGCAGAAGGCAAAAAACGUGAACCAGAGUGCUGAAAGAAUCAGAACUAUAAAGUAUUUGUUGGGAGAGCUCAAGGCUCUGGUAGCAGAGCAAGAAGAUUCAGAAAUUCAGAGGUUGCUUACAGAAUUGGAGUUGUGUAUAUCUCUGCUUCCAGCUGUAAGUGGAAACGCAAAUAUUCAGGUGGAAAUAGCACUGGCUAUGCAACCACUAAGAAGUGAAAAUGCUCAGUUACGCAGGCAAUUGAGAAUUUUGAACCAGCAACUUAGAGAACGAGAAAAAACUCAAAAGGCAUCUGGUUCUUUGGAAUGCAACCUUGAAUUGUUUUCUCUUCAGUCAUUGAACAAGUCCCUGCAAAAUCAAUUACAGGAGUCACUAAAGAGCCAGGAAUUACUACAGAGUAAAAAUGAAGAGCUUUUAAAAGUAAUAGAAAAUCAAAAAGAUGAAAACAGAAAAUUUGCUGGCAUAUUUAAAGAGAAAGAUCAAACUUUACUUGAAAAUAAACAGCAAUUUGACAUUGAGACAACAAGAAUGAAAAUUGAAUUGGAGGAAGCCUUAGUCAAUGUGGAAAGCUCCCGGUUUAAGUUAGAAGCUGCUGAAAAGGAAAAUCAGAUAUUGGGAAUAACCUUACGUCAGCGUGAUGCCGAGGUGACUCGACUGAGAGAAUUAACCAGAACUUUACAGAGCAGUAUGGCAAAGCUUCUCUCAGAUCUUAGUAUGGACAGUGCUCGCUGCAAGUCUGGGAAUAAUCUUACCAAAUCAGUUCUGAACAUUUAUGAAAAACAACCUCAGCAUGACCCAAUCCCUGCUCACACUUCCAUAAUGAGCUACUUAAAUAAGUUAGAACCAGAUCGGUCUAUCAUUACACAUUCAGAACCACUUUCUGCAAUUAACAAUGAGAAAAACAUAGUGCGAGGUAGACCCUAUGAAAAUGUUAUGCCCUCCAAAGGCCCUCAACAUAGUAAUACUAGGAGCAUGGAGGAAGUAUCAGCCCCAGGAAUCAUUUCUGCCCUUUCAAAACAGGAUUCUGAUGAGGAGAGUGAAGUUACAACUUUAAUAGAAGAGUAUAAUUUGGAUAAGACAAUUUACAUUCCACUUGCUAGAAGCACUUCAGUAAAGAAAUCACUACUGUCCAAGAGAUUAUCCCCCCAGCCACAACUCAGUGUAGCUCCACCGCAGUGUGUCGGCAACAGUGGACUUGUCGCUGAAAAAGAAAAUAAAUUGUGUGCACUCGGAGUUUGCUCCUCUUCCAAAAAGGAAGCAAAUGUGCCUGAGAAACUUUCCAGAACAGCUGAUAUGGAGGACAAACAGCUCCUCAAGAAAAUAAAGGAAGCCAUUUGCAAGAUCCCUGCUGCCACCAAGGAGCUAGAGGAAUUGGCUGCAUGUCACGGCCCCUCCACUUGUCAGAGCAGCAGCAUUCAGGUGAAAAGCAGUGCACUCUCCGAUGGUAGCUUUUUAAAUUCUGACUUGACCUCUGAUUGGAGCAUCUCUUCUUUUUCAACGUUCACUUCUCGUGAUGAACAAGACUUCCGAAAUGGCCUUGCAGCACUGGAUGCCAACAUUGCUCGCCUCCAGGAGUCCUUAAGGACCGGUCUUCUGGAGAAAUAAACUCAGAAGAAGAGAAAAAUCCUUUUUAAGAGUAGAACUUGGCUACAUUGAAUGUAUAUUUUAAAUUUCUUUAGAGAAAAGUUUUAUAUUAAUUAUGUGUGAAAGAAUAAAUUGUAUGAAUAAUAAAUUUAUUAUUGGAAUAUAUUGACACUGCUUAUAGAAACAAGUCAUCCUAAGAAGUUGACAUUUGCUAAAAGAAGAAAGUUGUGUAUAACUAGGAAAGUACUGUAAGUAUUGUAAAUAUUUUAUUUAGUAUUUAGCAAUUAGAGCUUUUUCUUACUUUGCUGGGCUCAGGGUGCAGGUUAGAAGGAUUCUCUGGUCAUCCUAAAGGAUAAUGGAAAGGGAGUCUUUGGGUAUAAUUUACUGUGUUAAAAACUAGAGUUUCUUUUCUCUUUCAGAAUUCCUGUUUGAUUUUAAUGACACUGUGUUUUUAUAUGGGAUACUCUGUGCUACAGGCUGGUGGUGUUGGUGAGGCAUAUCAACAUUUAUUUUAAGAGAAAAUGUGCCAAUAUCUCCACUUCUUAAAAAUGUUGAUUGGUCUAAAAAUAUAUAGAUAAUAUCCUAAGUUAAUAUAUGGUUUCUUAAAAUUUUGACACUUUUAUUUAUUUUUAUCCUGAAUGCAUGUUUAAGACCAUUAAAAACUAAAGUCAGACUGAUAAAGAAGUAUUAACAGAUAAGUUUUACUUUUGGAAAUUUGGUUUUUAAAUAAAUAAGUGUUUAUUUGUUUUUUGUCAUUAUGUUUGAACAUGGUAGAUUUUAUAAAUCUUGAACUAGUUGUAAUUCUGCCUUUCUGGAUGAAUUUUUUUUUAGCACUUUAGCUGAGAACACUGUCUAUUCUAUAAGUAAUAUGAACUAGGUUGGUCUCUGCUUCUUUAUACUAGCACUUCCUAGUAUACCUAGCACAUCUCUUCUUUUUCAUGGUUCACUUCUCGUGAUGAACAAGACUUUUGAAAUGGUCUUGCAGCACUAGAUGCCAACAUUGCUAGACUCCAGAAGAUGAUAACUACUUGGUGUCAUCUCCUUGCAUCUAAGCAGCACACUUUAACUCUUAGAAAGUUGGUGAAUGUUGUGCUAUCAGUGAUACUUCAUACACGUCACCUGCCUGGGUCAUUGUCUUUAGUGCUUGAGCAGAUUUCAGCGUUAAAGUGUACUCUGCUGAUACCAGAGCCUCUUCCUGCUGGUUUUUAAAUGUUGGGACUACAACUUCUGAAGGACCCAGGUACAGUCUCUUUGACAUGUUCAGAGUUUAUAGAAAGAGAUUUCUCAAGUCUGAAAAUAGUAAAUGAAUUCUAACCUAUUUUCACAGAAUUGUCUGUUAAUGUUUUUAAUUUUUCUUACUUCUGAUAUUCAUAAAUUAAUUCAUAAAUUAAUUAUGUAGAGGUAACAGGUCACAACUCUUGAACACAUAAGGUCAGAGGUACAGUUCAUAAAUAUGAAAUAACAAAGCAAGGAAGAAAAUUAUGUCAUCUGUCUACUCCCAAAUACUCAGUUGUUAUUCAUAGGCAGAAGUAAGUUCUUAAGAUUAUUAGAUGAUAAUACAAGAAAAUUGUCCACUUUUGACCUUAAUAUAGGAUGGGCAUCAUUAGGUGCAAAGAACAAUUUUAAAUGUUUGUAGGUUCAGUUAAUUAGGGGUUAAUAGUUUGAUUAAAGAAUAAAUUAGACUGGGAAAUCCUUGAGGGACCUUUAUCAAGAGCUUACUGUUUAUUUGAUAUAAGACACACACAUGGCAUAGAAACAUGAAAGAAUUUGGUUCCGUUUUAAGAUGAAAUAAGACCAUAGCAAAGUGGGUGGGAUAGACACUGAGUUUCAUAGAAGUUUAGAGUAGAAAGAAGCCCAAAAAUGGUAGAAAAAGAACUGGAAUAGAAGAAACUUCAUUUGGAUCUUAAAGAAUGAAUAGGAUUUGGAUAAUCCUCAAAAUCCUCAAAAUGUUAACCCCAUAGAAAGUCAGUAUCAUCAAAAUGUUGCGGUUGAGUGGUGUAUUAAGACGACGGUAAAUACACCAACCUGACAAAAAUAGAGGGAUUGAGAUGACCAUGUGGUAAUGGCAAUACAGAUGAUGCUAACACAGUUUAGAAGAGCUGGGGUCAGAUUGUAGAAUGCCUUGAGCUCCAGGCUGAGGAAUAACCAUUACACACUAUGAAGUCAUUCAGUGUAAGGAUUCCUUUGGUGGUGUUUUUUUUUUUACAUUGAGGAUCACAGAUGGAAUUGAAUGUUCUUAAAAUUGCAUAGAGUAAUGGUAAAUAAAUAUUGAGGACGGAGAGGCUAGAGACCGCUUAGAAAACUGUUGCAGUAGUCCAGACAUAAAUUGAUAAGCCGUUAGCAAUAAAAGUGAAAAAAGAGAGACAAAUUGAAAAAAUUUUUAAUAGGUUUGGUGACUUAAUAGAAAAUGAAAGAGAAUGAGAAAUCAAAGAUGACACUAAGGUUUUUAAUUUGAUCAGUUCAAGUCACCCUGAGCAAUGUCUAAAAUGAAAAACUCGGGGGAGGGUAUAGCUCAAGUGGCAGAGCACAUGCUUAGCAUACACAAGGUCCUGGGUUCAAUCCCCAGCACCUCUUCUAAAACUAAAUGAUUAAACCUAAUUACCUGCCCCCCCCCAAAUCAAGUUCUUGGUUAAGCUCAAACUUAACAAAUUCUAAUUUUAAGUCUUAAUAACUGAUAAUGGAGAGUGGGUUAAAAAGGAGAGAAAGAGUGCCCAUUCACAGUAGUUCAGUUGAGAUCUUCACACUAGGAGUCUUUGUAACUGCCUCAUCAUAGUCUCGGAAGAGUCAGUCUGGUCCCUAGUCUCAGCCUUCUCACAAGCCUUUUCUGAUGUCCUAGAAUGUGAAAAGCAUGUGAAGUGUCCCCUAACCUCUGGCAGGAUGAAGCCAGUAUCUACUGAUAUAUACUGGGUGCAGAAAGGGAAGAAACUAUCCUCCAGCAUUUUGACACUAUUCUACUGUCCUUUCUUGGAUCUCUGGAGGUAAUAUACAAAUUGUUCAUAAUGGAUUUAGUAUUUGUGAAUACGAUUGAAGAUGAAAGUUAGAAUCUGAAUCUAUUUUACCAAGUGUAGAGAUCCCAGGAGCAGGGCUAAAGAAGCCAAAGAAAUACUUGGCGCACAUUCUUCUCUUAUCCUUGCCACCCUUGGAGUGUAGUGAAUCAUCCAGAAAUCUUCACUUUGCACUAAUAGUGGCAUUUAUGUCAAGUGCUUUAAGUUACAAAAGCCUGCUUCAACUACCUGGAAGUAGGGCAGAAUUGCAAAGCCUAGUGAGAUAGAAAGGGCAUGCAGCCACAUCACAACUUAAGUAUGUAUCUAGUGCUCACAUUGUGGGCCAGUCUCUUCAGCUAAAGAUUCAUUCAUUCAUUCAUUCAAUGAAUAAGUGAAUUGAAAGCUCUAAUAUGUAUCAAGUGCUGUUCUGGGCUCUAAGAAUACAACAGUGAGCAAGACAGGUAUUCUCUACCCCUAAGGAACUCACAGUGUGAACAAGCAAAGGAUAAAUGCUAUGAAGAAGAAAAUGGGGUAAGAGGACAAAGAAUGACAGAAUUGGCUAAAAUUUUAAUUAUUAGGGUGAGAGGACCCUUCUCAAAAAUUGUUUUUAGGAGUCCAGGAUUUAAGCAUACCACUAGUUAAAGUUGGAUUUGAUUUGCGAGCUAACAUUCCCUUAAUCAUUGAUCAUAAUCAGUGUUAAUUUUUUAUUUCAUCCUGUUCAGAAUCGCUUAAACAAAUGGGUUCUGUGACUAUAUCACACAUUGUAUUUGGAUGUUUUAGUACACAUGUGUAGAGAACUGGGCACUAUCUUAUUUAAGGCUGUUGUCCUGAGUAGGGCCUCCCAGAGAAUUAUUAUCAGAGAUUGUAAGGUCUUGGGGACUUCUGAAGGACUUAAAGUUGGUUUUUGAAAGGACUUUAGGGGUCUUCUGUCUUAUUCUUAUACCCAGAGAGGGCAUCUGUUUUACAGUCAUACGUACCACCAGUAAGAUCCCAGGUACACCGUUUGCCUGGACCAUGCUAUAGUUCAGGCUCCUGACAAAUUCUUACUCACCCUUCAAACCCGAGGUACUACUUCUGUACCCUGUAUAUACCUCUGCUGAUGUGGGUAUCAGUUUAUAUAUCAGCCUCUCCUACCCUGUACGCUUAAGGGCAGCUGGCCAGGAUUUAUUCAUCUUUGACACCCCUGUGACGCUUGGUGCCUAUCAGAUAAUAGGCAGUUAAUAACUGUUGUUGGCCUUAACUAAAUCCUUGACAAAUGGUCAUCUAGUCUUCACUUCUAGGUAAUUUCAUGCAACACCUGGUUUAUAGCUUUAUUACACACAUCUAAGCUCCUAGCAUUCGCCUCCCUGUAACUUGUAUUCUUUAUACCUGUUAUUUUCUGAAGCAAAAUUCACUUGUUUAGCAAACAGUUUUACACUAUGGCUUGUGCUGUGGAGAAGCAACAGAUUCUUAAAUCUUUAGGACUGGAGAUAGGGCAGAAACUUUUUUUUUAAAUUCCCUGUAAGGUUAAUCUAGUCCACCAGCCUACCUCACUGAUUUGUAGGAGGGAUAAAUGUAGGCAAAGCACUUUGACAGCUGGAGGACAGUGUACAACCUGUGACUUAUGACAGCAUUUAAAGAGCACUCACCCUGUGGAGAAAAGGGAACCCUCUUACACUGUUGGGAAUGUAAAUUGGUGCAGCAAUGGUGGAAAACAGUAUAGAGGUUCCUUUAAAAACUAAAAAUAGAGCUACUAUAUGAUCCAGUAAUCCCACUGCUGGGCAUAUAUCUGGAAAAGAUGAAAACUAAUCCAAAAAGACUGCACCCCGGUGUUUAUAGCAGCACUAUUUAUAAUAGCCAAGACAUGGAAACAACCCAAUUGCUCAUCAACAGACUACUGGUUUAAGAAGAUGUGCUAGA